UCACAGUAAAAUCUCAAAGCAGGAGUUAUGGAGCUUCAUGGCAAAUAUUCACAAACUAAUGUUUGCACCACAUGCUCACGUUGUCUUCUGUGAAACGUAAUACAGCAGCCAGUUUCAUCAGAGCGGAGCUGAGCUAACAAAGCCGGUGUCGUUACAGGAUUGCUCAAUGGUUGUGUCACCAGGAGGAGGCUGGACUGGUCGGGCGGAGUGUUCAACAUCAUCGGCGCUCACUCACUCUCUGCCUCUCUGAGUGUGAGGCAGUCCCUCUCCCCGUCUGCCUCUCUGUCUGUCUGUCUUUUUCUAUCUCUCCCUCUCUCUCUAUCUCUCCCAGUGUGGACUGUAAGGGAUCGGGAUUUUCUCACCAAAAGAACAAAGACCUCAGAGCAGCAGGCAGUCACUCUCGAAGAGGAAAGGACGCGUGGCUGGAUAUAAUCACCAAAAACGCGUAAAAAGUUCUAUCAAGCUAUAUGACUAGUCUUACACGUAGGAAUGGAGCGUAGAGUCUGUUGUUUUUUCUAGCCGUCAAAGGACUCAUCCUUUAAUAAGUCAGGGUCUGAUUUUUGCUUUGAGUCGAUCUAUGAGGAUGAACUUGCAACGGAGCAGCCCGGCACCUUGCAUCCGCACCGGGAGAGUCGCGCACAAGCGGCUGGACUCAGACGACCAGCCGCUGGCGAAAUGCGCCAGGCUGAGCGCCGAAGCCGGGGACACACAGGGACUCCUCCUCGGUACCUCACCCGGAUCCCCGGUGAGCCCCGUCUCAAACCCGAUCACAGGAACCCACCAGGGCCCAUCCAGGAUAGGACCGUUUCUACUUCUACCUCUGGCGGACCGGGAGAGCGUGCACAGCGCGAUGAACACCGACACAGGCGAUGAGCUGCUGUGCAAGGUCUUUGAUAUGGGGGAGUACCAGGAAAAGAUCAGAUCCUACGGGAUCCUACCAGCCCACAAGAAUGUUUCUGACAUCAGGGAAAUCAUCCUGGGCGAACGCAAGGCCUACGUGUUCUUGGACAAGGACUUUGGGGACAUGCACACCCUGGUGAAGAGCUGUCGCAGGCUGGAUGAAGAGCACGCCUGCAGGCUCUUCAGGCAGGUGGCUCUGGCUGUGGCCCACUGCCACAUGAAUGGCAUCGUGCUGGGUGACCUCAAACUGAGAAAGUUUGUCUUCGCUGAUGAAAAAAGGACACAAGUGAGACUAGAAAGCCUGGAGGACUGCCGCGUCCUAGAAGACCCAAAAGACGACUCCAUGUCAGACACCCAUGGCUGCCCCGCCUACGUCAGCCCGGAGAUCCUCAGCAGCUCUGCGCCUUACUCCGGGAAGAUGGCAGACAUGUGGAGCCUUGGAGUCAUGCUGUACACCAUGCUGGUAGGCCGCUACCCGUUCCACGACCCAGACCCAGCCACGCUGUUUUCCAAAAUCCGCAGAGGCCAGUGCUGCUUGCCAGAGGGCCUGUCGCCAAAGGCCAAGUGUCUGCUCCAGAGCGUGCUGAGGAAAGAACCCUGGGAGAGACUCACGGCCACAGAGCUGCUAGCUCACCCGUGGUUCCACCAGGCACAGUCCUUGCAGGAAGUGGCGCUAGGUGAACAGGAAGUGAGCUCGGCGGAACAGAUGGUGCCAUCCUUUGACGUGGAAGAGGAUGAUGAUCUGUUCUGCUGACAGAUUAGAAUCAGCUGAGUCUGGCUGAGGGACCAAAACAAGAAAUGCUAUGAGGGAGUCAUAGUUGUUGUUGUUUUUUUUUACAUUGGCACUUUUUUGAAACCCGUUUGUGUACUGUGGAGUGUACAUACACCCUCAAGCUUUCUACAAAUCCUACUGUACUGUAUUUUGUUGUCGUAUAUGUGUUACUUGCUAAGGGCAUUCUUCUAUGUUUUUAAAAAUUAUUUGGUGCUAAAAGACAUAACAAAGACUCAGAAUUUGCCAGAUUACGUUAACAGAUUACCAUAUAACGUCUGCAGGCUGCUGUGAGUAUAUGACAGAACUCAUUGUAUACAGUAGUCACAGUUCUAGCUCUCAGCCUGGACUCUUCAGAAAUCAUUACAAGACUCCUGACCGGGCGGGGAUGAGACAGGGAUGUUGUUCCUCUCACUCUCAGACCAGGCUGCAGGCUUCACCAGCUGACUCACCGUCACACGGGCUCGAGGAAGGCCGAGCACAAGCUACAAGUCUGGCAGCGGGAGUUGUCAUCGAGUGAGAAAGAUGGUUAGCAGAGGACUGAUGUGUCAUACUCAGCGGGGACGCUACCAAGAUGUUUCACUGCCAAUCUGGCAACUACUCAGCAUUUACAAAUCACACAGAAUGCGCAGAAGGUUUGAGGGAUGCAGGGUGUUACUGGUGUUAAGACUCGCACAGACAAGAGGAGAGUUUUUCACACACACUGAACAAUAAGCUGUGACAAUGAGCUAACUCAAGUCUUUGUAUAAGGCUAAGAGAAAAGUACAUUUCCAAAACGUUGUCAUUUUUUUACACUUAGAUCUAAAAAAAAAAAAAAAAAAGUUUUCAAAACAUGCUAGCAGCAGAAUAUCAUGAAAGAUACAUGUGCACAGGAAGGGGUUUGGACAUUGCAAGUAGAACAAUGAUUCAUCUGUUUGGCUCUUUUCAAAUUUCAGCUAAAGGCUAACACUGAGGUGUUUCUGUUUUAUAAAAUCAAACUGGAAGUUCUCUUUUUUUCAAGCGAGAGAUGGUCAUUUUUAUCUCAGAUGAUUCAGAAAAUAAAGUUUAAAAAAAAUAGUACUUCCUAUUAAUGCAAUAAGAGUAAACUAAUAAACCCGAACAAAAGCACCAAGCAUCCAGUUAAGCAAGCAGAAGAUGACAGAAAAAUGAAGACUUUCUCAGUUGAGGAGUUGAACUUCUUUUUUUUUUACCACUUCUGUUGGAACAUUAUGUCAAGCCUUGUUGCUUUAACAAAGCUGAGCUGUGCUGAGUGUUGUGCCUGUAUCACUGUGUUUCAUAAACGGAGCAGCUCUGAAUCAGUCGCAGUCAGGCGAUGUUUGAUGUUGGAUGUCUGAUGAUGACUCACCACUUUAGCGUGUCUGUGGAGAAUGGUCCUGACCUUGGCUGGAAGAAUCUGUUCGGACAUUUUCCUCUUUUUUAAUGGUACCUUAUUUCCCUCCUUUGUUUUUCCACUGUGCACUGUGCAUCCACGGAGUCUAGUCAUCAGUUAGCGACAUGAUGUAUCAUGUUUUAUCUUGGAUAGUGACAGGUGCAUGAAGCGACAUUUAGCCUUACAGUCUGCAGCCCGCUCUUUCAUUCUGGCACAAUUUUUUUUGACGACGGUACUAAAUCUGGCAUAUCUGAGAAGGUCUUGUUCAAUUUUUUUUGGUUGUGCAGAAGGUUAACAAAACGUCUGUUGCGGUUCUUUAAUUAUUUUUCUCAUCUGCUUGAGCUGUUAACAGAUUUGUGACAAUCUGAAUUGCUCCUCGCAGAGAAGUAAUUUAAUGGUUUUGUUCAUACAUGUAAAGUAAGUCACACAUUCAUGUGACAUGUAGAGUAAACUGACACGGGUGCACAAACUUCGUAUUGCACUGUGAAUUAUGUAUUUGUGACACAACCUAGAGGCUGUUAUUAGUCCCAUCAGGUUACACAAAAGAGAUCUAUUCAUUGUAGAAGAGAUGUAAAUAUGUAUAUUUGAAAUAUGUGUGGAGAUGUUAAAUAAAGAUCACUUUUUUCAUAUUCA